CCUCUCCCCAACUGUCACGCCAUUUCCUUAUCAGCUCUGCAGUAUUUAUACCAGCCUCUUUCCCCACUCUCUAACAGUUUGGCUUUCUAGCAUCUGUUACCUGAAACCCAGUCGCCUAUCUUCCAUCCUACCUGCCCGCCUUCCUACCUGACUGACCAUCUGCCUGAUCGCUGGAAUUUUGACCGCUGUCACUGUAGUGAGCACAACCUGGACAUGGAUCAAACCAACCUGGAAUGGCAGACCUUUACUGGCUCUCGCCCCAACGGAGCAGUUUUAAUCUACAACGACUACGUUGGACGCAUUGACUAUGUUUCCAAAUACGGGAGCGAGGCUGGCUUCUACAACCCUGAGAAGGGUCCUCACUGCUUCUACCCGUAUAACGAGAAAGAGCACCGUGACUCUCCAUUUGAGAUCCUGGUAAACAAAGACAACUUUGAGGUCCUAGAAUGGAAGGAUGGCUCCUACGGUUCAGUGCCUGAGAAUGCCAUUGAGACCGUCCCCGGCAGCAAGAUAUAUGUUGGUAAGAACAAGUAUGGUCUUGGGAAGGUAGAUGUUAAAAACAAGGCCUUCUUCCUUCCAUGGGAAGGUAAGGAGUCUUGGUACAAGAACUAUCAGGUCCUGACCUUUAACAAAGAGGUAAUCAGAGAGGACAUAUCUGAUGUCAAGUAUAAGACUGAUGGGGUUAAAGUCAUUCAGAGUCCUCCAGAGACCAUACAAACAUCUGUCCUCACCAACAAGGACUGCGAGCCAGUGAAAGAGACAACUACUCUCUUAAAGACAACCCAAAAGGAGGAAAGGUGGGACACCAGCUUUUCACUCACAGUGGGGGCUACGACUUCCAUCAAAACUGAAAUCCCCUUCAUUGUUGAAGGAAAAAUCGAGUUGAAGGCAGAAGCAACCUUCCAGUUCACCAACGGGACCACUCGUACAGAGUCAACCACUCAGACCGUUUCUGUUGAGGCCUAUAUCCCACCAAACCACACCUGCCGCGUCCGUAUGGUGGGAUAUAAGUACACGGCAGACAUCCCAUACACUGCACGCCUCAGACGCACCUACAGACACGGGGAGACUAGAUGGACGUCCAUCUCUGGGACCUGCAAAAGCGUCCAAAUGGGAGAGGUUUGGAGUGUCGUGGAUCCCUGUGAACCCAUACCUUAGGCCAAGCCCUGUCCCUUAAAAUAAAAGUAAUGGAAGCAGUUUCAUGAGAGACGACACCUGAUAUAUUGUAUGUCCAUAACAUUGAAAUGCUAAAAAUAAACUUGCUUUUGUUUUAUGUGCUUUAACAUAUUUUAUGAGACAGUAAAACUACUUAAAUUUACCGUUUUUUCAAGCAACAAAUGAAAUGUAUGAAAAAUACAUUCAAUAGUUCAUUGUUUCAAAUAAAAUAAACUUACAUGC